UUUUCCAAAAUCUCUGCUGGAUCCUCUUUAAGUCAUUGUUUGCUCCAGAGAAGAGUGCAGAAUUGAGUUCGGAGUUCUGCCCAAAGUCUAUUUUUUCCUUGGUGGUCAGCUGGCAGAACAAGCCUUUAUUAUGAAGAAGUUUGGAACUGAAAGAUACCCUCAAAAACUGGAUGCUAUGGUCCACCUCAGUGUCACUCCUGAAGUCUCCCUUGCUGAUUCACCAGUGAAGAUUUAUGCCUCUGGCCUGGCACCCUCCCAGCUUGUGACCUUAUAUGCAUCACUGACAGAUGAAAGGGGAAUUAAGUUUGCAGCCAGAGCCUUUUACCAAGCCAAUCAGAAUGGAGAAGUGGAUGUGGCACAGGUUUCUGCUCUGGGAGGCAACUAUACAGGUGUGUGGCCCAUGGGCCUCUUCUACACUCUAAAGGCUGAGAAGAUGUUCCACAGGCUGCUGAAACGUGAUGUGACAGGCAGCCCCUUCUAUGUUCAGAUUAGCCUCUUCGAUUCUACUGUGAUGUUGCCGAUACAUGAACCACUGGCUACUUGCACUGUGGAACGAUGGUAUGCAGCCCCUGGAGUGGAACGCAUCCCCAUUAAGUCCGGCCGGGUCCGGGGAGCCCUCUUCUUGCCUCCAGGCCCUGGGCCAUUUCCAGGACUGAUUGACCUGUUUGGUGGAGCUGGAGGACUAAUCGAAUUUCGAGCUGGCUUAUUGGCUAGUAAAGGCUUUGCAGUUCUGGCUUUGGCUUUCUUUGGAUAUGAUGAUUUACCGCAGACUCUGGAAGUAAUAGAUCUGGAGUAUUUUGAGGAAGCAUCCAGACUGCUCUUGAAAAAUCCUAAGGUAAGAGGUCCGGGACUUGGAGUUAUUGGUUUAUCCAAAGGAGCAGAAAUUGCAUUGGCCAUGAGUACCUUCUUAAAGGAAAUAGUGGCUUCAGUGUGCAUCAAUGGUCCAACAAGAAUGUGUGGUACACCACUCCACUUUCAUGAUAUCAGUAUCCCUGGAGCUUCCUUCCCAUAUGAGAAGCUCGUCAUUAAUGAAAUGGGAUUGAUAUCCACUUUCCAUGGCAUGGGACAUCCUCUGGAUCAAACACCUGACGUAUCUACCAUCCCUAUAGAGAAGGCUCAAGGGCACAUCCUCUUUGUGGUGGGAGAAGUUGACCAAAGCUUCAAUAGCAAAGUGUUUGCUGAAGCAGCCAUGGCUCGAGCAAAGAAACAUGGGAAAAAUAAUUGUAGCCUGUUGUCUUAUCCAGGAGCUGGACAUUUGAUAGAACCCCCUGGAUCACCAGUUUGCUAUGCCUAUCCACUUCGGUUUUCUCUCUUCCCAGUCAGGUGGGGAGGAGAAGUGAAGCCUCAUGCUAAAGCCCAAGAGCACUCUUGGAAUGAGAUCCUGAUUUUUUUAAAGUUUCAUCUUGGGCCAAUUCAGAAUAGUAAUUUAUGAUAAAAGAAAGGCUCAGUUGUUUAGCUUCCUUUAGAAUUAUGUAUUUGGAUAAUUGAGGCCAUGAACUCUAAUCUUCUUAUCCUGUGUAGGUUAAAGUUAAAAUAUCUCCUUUAGAUGAAGGGGGAUCAGGGGUGGGUUCUACUUACCUUUACUACCGGUUCGCAUCGUGCCCCCGCGCACACUCUUCUGUGCAUGCACAGAUCACUUCUGAUGACGUCUGGGUCAGUGGGCAGAGCCUCCUGCCAGUUUUACUACCGGUUCUUGCGAACCAGUCCGAACCGGGGGCAACCCACCACUGAGGGGGGCCUUCUAACUCUUUGACUAAUUAGAUGUCCACGAAGAGAUGGAAAUGACUGAACAAUUGCACAGCAAGAAAUCUUGAUAUAUAGCUUUAAAAUGUAGGUCUUGUGAUGUCAUUAUAGCCUCCACAGUCAUCCCUAAAAAGUCUUUUCUGUGCUUGCUAAAGAGAGUCUCAAUAUAAGGAACCAACUGCUUCUCCAGCAUUUGUUACACAUUUGUUGAGAAUGUGUAAUGCUCCUCAGGCCACUCCUGUGAAAGCGGCCUCCGCUCAACUUUGUUCCACUUCAGAAAUUUGCCAGCUUCUGCCACCAUAAACCACGCUGAACAGCCAGUCUCACAAUUUAGGGUGGGCACCUGCCCUGCUUCUUGUUGGCUAUCCAACAACAUCUGUGGGUGUGCCACCCUUCCAGUCCCUGGCGUCUGUUAGGAAAUUUUUCAGAAUAUUCAAAGUCUGCCUCACAUGUUUACAUGUCCCACAGUCUGAGAAGAAAACAGACAUUAGCAUUCUCUGCGGGCUUCUUAAUUCUCUUCCAUCCUUUCAUCCAUCAUUUGCUUUUCAUAAAGUUACCCUGUUUCCCCGAAAAUAAGACAUCCCCUGAUAAGCCCAAUUGGGCUUUUGAGCACAUGCGCUAAAAUAAGCCCCCCCCAAAUAAGCCCUCCCUGAAAAUAUUUAGACACAUGCGCAGUCGGUCCCAGCCAUUUCCUCUGGUUUUCUCUACAUGCCCCAAAAUAAUAAGACCUCCCCAAAAAUAAGGCCAAGUGCUUAUUUCAAAAAAUAGACAGGGUCUUAUUUUCAGGGAAACGUGGUAUACACGUCAAGAUGCUUCAUUCUGCCCUCAAAGAACUUACUUGCCAUUCUCUGAAACUACAUCAGCUUGUGUGAAUUCUUAAAGGGUGGAACAUUUCCUCCUGAGAUUUGGAACUUACAUUUCUUCUGGUGCAAAGUAAAUUGCAUUUGCCCAGGGGUGAAAUCUACUUACCUUCCCUACCAGGUCAGAAGUGAGUGCAUUGUCACGUCCAAUUUUUGACCCUCUGUGCAUGCGCAAACCCAUCUGUACAUGCGCAGAGGGUCAAAAACGGGUUACUUCCCGGUUCAAACUGGGAAGUAAUGAUGCCAGGGUGGGUGGGCGGAGCCUUGUGCUGCCGCCGCUACCAGUUCACCAAACCAUGUGCUGCUGCCACUACCAGUUCGCCAAACCAGGCGCUGCCACUGCUAGGGUUCACCAAACCACGUGCUGCUGCCACUACCGCUUCGCUGAACCACACACUGCCGCCACUACUGCUUCAUCAAACCAUGCGCUGCCGCCACUAUUGGUUCGCAUGAGCCAGACAGAACUGGUAGGAUUUCACCACUGCAUUUGCCCUUUUUUUAUAACAUCACAAUGCUAUAUCAUAGUUUCCAAUCAACAAGUAUUCUACAAGCUCUCAACCAGGUUUAUGCCACCUGAAAAUAUGAUAAGUUGUCAGUGAUUGUAACCAGAAAAAAGACCAUUCACAGGGUUUACUGAUCCAUAGUUUAUUUGAUCCAUAGUUUGUUGGAUAAGCCAUUGCUGCCUGAUUAACAUAAAAUGCCAAUGACCAUAGAAUACAAACCAUCAACCUUUUAAAGUUCACAAGCCAUAAUAAAACAUAAAGUGAUUUGCUUGAAUUUGCUUAGUGUGAUGUGGGAACUCAUUGUCAGCCCCAAGGAACCAAGAAUGACACAAGGAGCUACUUCAGAGUAUUCAGAGUACUUCACCAUCUGGUCAGAACAUAUCCUUACAUCCCCCACCACCACCGCGAUCCAGUCUCAACUGUCAGUACCUAUCCUUUCAACCUGCCCCCUGCCAUCACAUAUGAUGAUGUUUCAUGGAUGAGAAACGAAACGUUUUGUUCUUCUUCCUCAAGAAAAAAAAAUAACCAGUCCAGUUGCCUUUUCAAAAAGCACCUUUGAGACAACUAUGACUUGGAUGACAGAAUCUCCACAGACACUGAGUACACUACUUCACAGUACUUUCUUUACUGUUACUCACCAAUAGGCAGAAAUUUUGCCAAACUAAAGCACUUUUUUGUGUGACUAUUAGAUUUAUCCUGUGAACUGCUAGGGAAGGUCUACCUUUGCCCUUUUCCUACAUACCAAAAAUUCAAAGCUAUGUUGUCUCGUUGCUCCUUGAGAAGGAGUUCAUCCUCCUGUAAUUCUGGACUAUAUCCCACCACACUCAGUCUAGAUGAGAAUAUCCUUAUGACAUAAUUUAUUCUGUAAAGUACAUAUCAGAAAUAUAACUUUGUAGUAAAGGGCAAAUAUAUAUAUAUAAUUUCCAGGUUUCUAUUUGUCUCAUGCUUCCAUAAGAUUGAUUGAUAUUUCUUUAGUAUAAGUGCUCAAAUUAAGUCAGUAAUGUUUUUUUUCCCUAUUCCUAUCCCAAAGAAAGCCUCAACCAACGCUAAGCUAGCCCACUUACAAUAUAAAAAGGCUUCUCAACCAAGCCCAAAGCCAACUGAUCAUAUCUUAUAUUAAAUUAUGAGAGCUUAUUUCAUUGCAUGGAUCCAUUCCCAUCUUAGCAAGUAGCAGCACCUAAUUGUACUUCGAAGCCAAAUAUACUUGGACCUGAUUAGUACCCAAAUGGAAAUAUCCAAGGAAACAUUUUGAAGACAGGGCAUACCUCUUUUUGAGGCAAACAGACACCAAAUACAAAAAUAUCAGUCAUACUGCAUGUCCAAAAAAUAAACUGACCAUUGUCACACAAAUGUGGAGUGGAAUGCAUGACUUCUGGAAAUAGGCCUAUGUAUUCAAGGCGUCUUUCUUCCAGAUUUCCAUAUUUUAAAAAUGGCAUCAAGAAAACCUGGGAUUAUCAAUGGAAUGUGUUCAGUUGCUGUAAAUUAUUGUGAAGGAUGUGUUUUAGAAAUGGAGGAUUCUAAGUAACCCAAUCUAGUUGACAGCACCUAGCUGACCUUGACUGAUCUCAAAAAAAAGCUAAGCAGGGUAAGAUAUUCAGUACUUAGAUAGGAGACAAUCAGGAAAAUUCAGGGCAAUGCAGAUAGUCCUCAACCUAGGAUUGUGAUUCAGCCCAAAAUAUGGUUGUAAAUUGUGCCAGACUGCCAGUCAUUAAGCAGGUCAUCACAUGAACAACUUGAUUUUGUAACUUUUUUUGCAGUGGUGGUUGUUAAGGGAAUCCAUUGGAAGUAAAUCCCAGUUUCUGGCAAAAAAAUGUCAUAAAUUGUGCUCAUGGGAACACAGGUUGCUGUAAACAGCCAUAAAUAUGGGCCAGUUGUGAAGCACCCAAAAUUUAAUCACAUGAUCUGGAGGAUGGGGGAAGGCAUUGGAACUUAAAAUCCAGGUCAUAAGUAGAGAUGGAAAAAAACUGGAAAAAUUGGGAAAAAAGCAGGGCUUUUUCUUUCUUUUUUUCCCCAAAGCUGUUUGAAAAAAAAAUUGGGCAAAAAAACCUUUUUUCCCAAUUUUUCCUUUUUUUCCCAGGCCUUCGUAUCUCUAGUCAUAAGUACCUUUUGGGGAGUGGGGUCUGUUGUAACUUUGAAUGGUCACUAAGCACCUAUAGUCUAAAGAGAAGUUGAAAAAUACUAAAGAAUACAACAAUGGUGAAUGCUUCUAUUAUUGUUGCCAAGAAAAUUAAUAAACAUGUCUUUCGUGUCACUAUAAGUCAAGAUCAA